GUGAAAGAAAUAUAUAAAAAUGGCAGCGAUAUUACGUGUAAAACGUCGACAUGACGACGAACCUUUAAAUGCUUUAGUAAUUUCGUAUAAACGACAAAAAACUGCUAAAAAUGAGGAAGCUGAAACAACGUUAUCGGCUCCACUAACCACAGUUGCAACAUUUGCUGGAACAGUUAAAAAACAGCAAGGGAGUGUCGAACACAUUAUUCAAAAUUACGAUAUAAAUGAUUUAAAAGCAAAUUUCAAACAACAUCCUGUAGAUGUUAUAAAUAAAGUAAGGGAAACAACAAAACAGGCUUCAGCAGAAAAUCGUUAUAAAGUAGUUAAUUGUUUCCGUUCUUUGGAUAACUCCACUGUUGAAGACUCUGAGGAAAAUGUCAUGACAGUGAUAGAUGUGGAAGAUUCGAAAUCUAUAGCAAAGAAAGAUUCUGCAGAAAAAGAUGAGAGUUAUGUAUAUGAUUUGUACUAUGUACAAACCGAGGAUGACAUGUGUAUAGAUUUUAAGGUAUCUGUGCAUCCAUAUGAUCAAGAAUUAGUUUUCGAUAAUUAUAGAGAUAAUGGUUAUUCUGAAGCUGAAUGUGAAUCAGAGGAUUCUAAUUCUGAGUCAAAUUGGAGAAAUGAUUACCCUGAUGAUUCCAAUCACUCUGAGGCAUCAAUCGAAGAGGAUGAUAUGAGGGAAGCUGUUAGGAAAAUGAAUCUAGAAGAUGGAUCAGAUUUGUCAGAAGAAGAUGAUUUUGUUUAUGCAGUUGAUAAAGCAGAUGUAGAGGCUUAUGGUUAUAAGUAUGCAAGGUAUAAAGCAAGGAUAAAAAAAGAAUUAGAUGAGGAUGAGGAUCAUCGAAGUAUAUGUACAUCUGACUCAGAUGAAAAUAAUGAAAAUUGUAAUUAGUGAUAACUAGUAUA